AUGCGUCAACCGCAGAAACGUGAGAACGAGAAAGAGGGAUCAAGGUGGGUAUGGCGGCAGGAGGACCCGCAACGGAUCUCCAAGGCGUACGCUUCUUCAGGGUAUCACCAGUUCUCAUCUUCAGCGCCGCUGACAGAGCCUUAUCAUGGGGAAUACUGUGACUACUUUGCCUGUACGGGGUUUGUGGAGCAGAUUGAUGUGAAUGCGUGGCAUCCUCUGAAGGAGACCAACUUCUGUCUUGAAAGGGCAUGGGAGGAGUUGGGAGACGACCAUGAACCCGCUGUGGUGCCUGCAUUUCUUGUUGGGACCACACGGUGGUGGAGAAUGGAGGACAGUGUCGGGCAUGAAAUGGAGAGUAUCCACGAGACAGCCGGGGAUCAAGCAGGAACAAGAGCAUUGUCCACGUAUAUGUGUGAAGCAACGGGGGAAGGCGUGAGGUAA